AUGCCCGACCCAACAGUCCCGACCUCCGAGUCGCUCACCCUCUCCGCGACGCUCUUCCACGCCGACGUCGACUCCUGGCUUCCGGCAAACUUCGGCGUCAGCCAGCCCGAAUCCUCGAAAGCGGCCGAGUGGGAAUCCGCCCUCCGUUCCUCCGCCGACCGCGCGCAACGUCUAGGUCUGGGCCACGCAGCGCUCGAGGAUGCAGCCCUCGGAGCCAAGUUUAAGAACCAGCGCGCCGGUCUCAGUGUGCUGGAGCAGAAACUGAAGAAGCGGAAGAAUGCCGAGGAGUCCACAGCUGCGGGAGCUGGAAGGGAUGAGGAAGAUAGCGAGGAGGAGGCUGAGAGUCGGACGCGAUCGAUCAAGACGAACAAGAAGAGCAAGGACCCAUUCGCGGGUAAGGGAAAGGUGCAUCCCGCGCUUGCGAAGAAGGAGACGAAGGUUCACCCUGCGCUCUUGAAGAAGAGCGGGGCGGAGGAGAAGGUCCACCCCGCAAUCCUAGCGAAGAUGGCCGCUGCCAGCGCCGACAGCACUGAUACGAGUGCCGAGGAGAAGAGCGAGGAGAAGGACGAGCCGUCACCGCCAACGAGUCUUGGCAAGCGGCCACGUGACGAUAGCGACGAUGAGACCGAGGAGAAGAAGGACGACGAGCUGGUCCUCAGCAAGGCGGAACGGAAACGUGAGAAGAAGCGACGACAGAAGUUGCGCAAGGCUGCUGAGGCUGAGGCGGCCAAGGCGUCAUAA